UGAUGAUUUCGGCAUCAGUCAUGAAUGGUACAGACCAUCGUAUCCGAGUCCUCUUCGCUGAGGCUCUGCGUGUUCGCUGCAGUUUCCUGUUGAAGGCUUGAUGCUGGAAAGAACUAUGGCGGCCACUGAGAUAGCGCGACAAGCGGGAGAGGGUGCACGUGCUGUCCCACUCUCAGGUCAUGUUGGCUUCGACAGCAUGCCAGACCAGCUGGUCAACAAAUCCGUCAACCAUGGCUUCUGCUUCAAUAUCCUCUGUGUUGGUGAGACUGGUUUAGGAAAGUCCACCCUCAUGGACACCCUGUUCAACACCAAGUUUGAGGGUGAACCUACACAGCACAAUCAGCCUGGGGUGCAGCUCAAAUCCAACACAUACGAGCUGCAGGAGAGCAACGUUCGCCUCAAGCUCAAUGUUGUCAACACAGUAGGCUUUGGAGAUCAGAUCAAUAAAGAGGACAGUUACAAGUCUAUUGUGGAGUUCAUCGAUGCUCAGUUUGAAGCAUACCUUCAGGAGGAGCUGAAGAUUAAACGCACCCUUCACAGUUAUCAUGAUACGCGGAUCCAUGCCUGUCUUUAUUUCAUUGCUCCCACUGGACACUCCCUAAAGUCCCUUGAUCUCGUUACAAUGAAAAAGCUGGACAGUAAGGUGAAUAUUAUCCCCAUCAUUGCCAAAUCUGAUGCUAUCUCAAAGAGUGAACUUGCCAAAUUCAAGAUCAAAAUAACAAGUGAGCUGGUGAGCAAUGGUGUCCAAAUCUACCAGUUCCCCACUGAUGAUGAGACUGUGGCAGAGAUCAACUCAACCAUGAAUGGUCAUUUGCCUUUUGCGGUGGUGGGAAGCACUGAGGAAGUGAAGAUUGGGAACAAGAUGGUGCGAGCACGGCAGUACCCUUGGGGAACGGUCCAGGUGGAGAAUGAGAAUCACUGUGAUUUUGUGAAGCUGAGGGAGAUGCUGAUCAGGGUGAACAUGGAGGAUCUGCGAGAGCAGACCCACACACGCCACUAUGAACUCUACCGACGCUGCAAGCUGGAGGAGAUGGGAUUCAAAGACACUGACCCUGACAGCAAACCCUUCAGCCUUCAGGAAACGUACGAGGCCAAGAGGAAUGAGUUCAUGGGUGAGCUGCAGAAGAAAGAGGAGGAGAUGAGGCAGAUGUUUGUCCAGAGAGUCAAGGAGAAGGAGGCAGAGCUGAAAGAGGCAGAGAAGGAGCUGCAUGAAAAGUUUGACCGUCUCAAGAAGCUUCACCAGGAUGAAAAGAAGAAACUGGAGGACAAAAAGAAGUCUUUUGACGAUGAGCUCAACAGCUUCAAGCAGAAGAAGACAGCCGCAGAGCUGCUGCAGUCCCAGGCCCAGCAGGCAGGGGGCUCCACCACGCUCAAGAGGGAAAAAGAGAGAAAAAACUUCUUUUAACUCUGUCUUGGCUGCCUGUCUGAAGAGGGGAUUGCAGCUUCUACAAGAAACAAAGCGUCCACUCUUUUUCCUGUCUCUCUGUCAGCCUUUUUAUUUUUAAAGUUUUAAUUUUAUUUAAGUUUUAAAACUUUCAUGCUGUCUGCCCUAUAGAACAUGGCCUUAUGUGGACUUUAUAUGGUAUUUUCACAAGUCACAACAAAUAUUAGUUCUGUUUCCCAAUUAGGGCAUGCUAAGCUGUCCCUCGUUACAAUUUCGCUGGCGACAGUGGAACCAAAGCUCUGGUAGGAAGGCUGUGAACAAAGGAAUGCUUAUUUAUUUUAGUUUGUUGAUGGAUACAUCUCAGCUUUUACAUCUAUUAAUAUUGCCUUGCAGUCUUAAUCUGUUCAAUGAUACAGUCUUUUAGUUUUUUUAUGGAUAAAUGAAUGAACCUGCAUGUCCUCACAAAAAUUUACAUUAUUUAUUGUGAGGAUUUAACAGAUACUAACUCGUUACAUUUGUAAGCAGUUGAGUUUCAGUUUAUUUUCACUUAUGCAUCACAGUUUAUGUGAUACUGAAUUAAAGCAGAAGAUAAUACAGUGGCAAGAAUAAGUAUGUGAACCCUUUGGCAUUAGCUGGUUUUCUGCAUUAAUUGGUCAUGAAAUGUGACUUUAAUGAAGAUGAGAUCACAAGUAUAGACAAAGCACAAUGUGCUUAAGAUAACAAGUAACAACACAAACAAUUACAAUCUUUCAUGUUUUUAUUUAGCACAUCCCAUUAAACAUUCACAGUGCUGUGGAAAAAGUAAGUGAACCCUAGAAUGUAAUAACUGAUUGAUCCUCCUUUGGCUACUAACCUCAACCAAGCAUUUCUGGUACCUGCGGAUUAGACCUGCACAGUGUUCACAAGGAAUUUUGGACCAUUCUUCCUUACAGAACUGCUUCAGCUCAGUCAUAUUCUUAGGAUGUCAGGUGUGAACGGCUGUCUUGAUGUCAUUCCACAGCAUUUCUAUUGGGUUAAGAUCUGGCUCUGACUGUCACUCCAAAAGGUGUGUUUUAUUUUUUUAAGCCAUUCUGUAUUGGAUUCACUUCAGUGUUUAGGGUCAUUGUCCUGCUGCAUCACCCAACAUCUACUGAGCUUCAGCCGGUGCACAGCCACCCUUACAUUAUCCUAUAGGAUAUCUUGAUAAACAUGGGAAUUAAUUUUUGCCUCUAAAGGCAAGUGGUCCAGGCCCCGAAGCAGCAAAGCAGCCCCAAAUCAUGAUGCCCCUUCCACUGUACUUCACCAUUGGGAUUAUGUUUUCAUGUUUGUAUGCUGUGCCCUUUUUACACCAUAUGUAGUGUUGCGUGUUCUUCCCAAAUAAUUCAAACUUAGUUUCAUCAUUCCGCAAAACAUUUUCCCAUUGAGUUUGUGGAGUAUCAAGGUGGCUUUGGAAAACUUCAGGCACGUAGCAAUGUUUUUGUUGGAAAGCAGCUGCUUCCUUUGGCAAGACACCAUGCCUGUUUAAUGUAAUCCAUAUAGUAGACUCAUGAACAGAGAUGUUAACCAGUUUCAAUUAUUCCUACUAGUCUUCAGCUGUCACUCUAGGGUACUUUUUUUUUUUUUUUUACCUCAUUGAGCAUUCUGUGGUGUGUUCUUUGAGUCAUCUUGGCUGGACGGCCACUUCUAGGGAGAGUAGCCAUAGUACUAAUUUGUCUCCAUUUAUAGACAAUUUGUCUAACUGUGGACAGAUGAAUAUCUAUGUUUUUUUAGAUAACAUUGUAACAAUUUCCAGCUUUAUGCAAAACAACAAUUCUUGAUUGUAGGUCUUCUGAGAUCUCUUUUUUUGUGUGAGUCAUAGUCCACGUCUACAGAUGCUUCUUGUGAAUAGCAAACUCUGCUUGAGUGCUUUUUAUAAGCCAAAGUAGCUGUGACCCACACCACCAAACUAAUUUCAUUUACUGGCUGCCAGGUUUGCCAACUCCUGACUCUAAUUAGCUUUUGUUAACAUCAUAAUCCUAGGGGUUCACAUACUUUUUUUCAAUCUACACUGUGAAUAUUUAUUCAAUAUGUACAAGAACAAUACUAUAAGUUGUGUGUUAUUAGUUAAAACAGAUUGUGUUUUUUCAUAAUUGUAACUUAUAUGAAGAUCAUUCCAGUUUUUGAUACCAAUUUACACAUUAAUGCAGAAUAAAUAGAUGUCUUUAAAACCAAUUGCAACAUAAAAACAGCACUAGACUAAUGUAUAAAACAUUCAUUUUAGUUAGUGAAACUAAGUUGAAUAAGACUAUCAAGACUUAUCUUUAUUUUGACACUGGCUGUGAAACAUUGAGAGAAUCCAAAGAAUAUGGGCCUGCAUGUUCCUGGUUGUGUUACAAUUGAGAGAUGAACUAUUUCAUUUAAUUAUAAUCUUUAUUUGAAACCAUGGGGUAAAUCAAAUUAAAAUCGGAAGGUUUGUAUUGUAUGUUUAUAAUGCACUAUAACUUUACAGGAUCAAUUUUAAGUUUAAGUAGUCUCAGUAACAGCUAUAUAGUUAUAAUUUAAUUAAUUUAAAAUCGUAUUAUCUUAGAGAGUAAUGGAGCACCUAUUGAAAUACCAUGUCGUCACAUUCAGUGCCACUUUUUAUAUUCUUUUUUUUUUUUUUUUUUUUUUGCUUAAAUGUGUCUUUCUUUAGACUAUUUUAUUUUGUGUAUGCAUUCCAGGUACAAUGUGCAUUUACAGUCAAUUCAUAAAUGUAAUUUCCCAUGUUGCCAAAUAGUGCAUUUAGAUAUAUGUCAAGGGUGCCCAUUAAUUUCAUUUCGGAUAAGGCAGUUACAAGUACAGACAUUCACACAUAUGUGCAGUACAUUUUACUUUUUAAGAACCUAUUUUGUGUAUCAACAUAGAGACAUGCUUUAAUGAAUAAUGACGUUAUUGACAAGUGACUGUUCUCUGUGUAAACAAUUUUGGGUGUUAAGACUGGCCUACAUUUUUCUAGCUAUCUUCCAUAUUUUCCCCUCAAUGUCAAUUACCCCGCCCCUGUUAUACCAGAAAUUUGUGAAAUAUUUAACUGUAGUAAGAUUCAAUGGUGUACAUUUUCAAUAAAACUACAUUAAA